GAUAUUGGAUAUAGAGAACAGCAUAUAUAUAUAUAUGGGGGGCGAUCUACGGUUCAUGAUUUUGAAGUACUUACCUAAGUGUAUCAACUACUAUUGUUUUGACGAGGUGGAUUUGAAGGAUGGCGCUGAAAUUAAUCUAGUAGAAUUAGAAUUUCAAGGAAAUUGUCUGCAUAAAGACAUUCCGGCUUACCCUGGAUUUGUUUGUAUCGGUGAUGCCUUGUUCAUGGCCGGAGGUGUCUUCUACGACGUCCCACAUCCCACUUUUUUCAAACAGAUAUCUCCAACAAACUACUUGUCAACUGCGCCACUACCUGUUGUUGGUUCAUCACCUGUGACUUGGACUCGUAGCCCCACUAGUAUGGAUUUAGCCCGAGCCGGCCCCAUGGUAGCCCCAUUACACGAUGGCAGGAUAUUCAUCUGCGGGGGCACUCCUAUAAGAAGUAGUUGGGUUGAGAUCUACGACCCCAAGACAGGCCAGUUCCUCCCUAGGAAAUUGCCUGCCCACAUCAAGCGUAUUCCUAUAGCAAGAUCUUGCUUUCAGUGGACCAAAGAACUGGUUAUGAUAUACUAUGAUAGAUGGGUUUACACCGAACUAGAAUUCAAAGACGAACACCCCAUGUCCUGCGACAUCGAAGGACAUCAACCCACACUCCUCCAGUACAACUUGGUUACAGACAAGUGGAUAGUCUUUGCAGAUAACAUCCCUCCCCCAAUAGAUGAAAUGAAUAAGAGGAACCUCAUCUAUGUGGGUGGAGACCUUCUAUUCAGUAUCGACUAUUCAUAUAGUUGGUUGGUCUACGAUCUGUCCUCGAGGAAGGUGGUGGGAAACGUGAGUGUGAAGCUUCCGGGUGCGAAGAUUUCGGGUGCGAGGGUUAUUGAUGCUUUCUAUGUUGGCGGCAAGACUGAUGUUAAAAGUACUAGUUGGUUCUUCUACGUAUUCAUGCCUAAUGUGAUUAAACACCAGUUUCGUGGUGUUCAAUAUGCCAAGGUCGAAGUAGUCCAACGCAAGGACGGGGAUUUGUAUGCUACAGUUCACAUGAACGGUGUCUUGGGAAUCUCUCCCUAUUCCGACAUCUACAUUAUUGCAAGCUCUAAGAGAGAUGCAGAGGAGGACAUGUUGGAGGCAAGCACAACCAGCUCUAAGAGAGAUGCAGAGGAGGACAUGUUGGAGGCAAGCACAACCAGCUCUAAGAGAGAUGCAGAGGAGGACAUGUUGGAGGCAAGCACAACCAGCUCCAGCUCUAAGAGAGAUGCAUUGUUGGAGGAGAGAGGGAAAGAGAAGGUGAUGAGAAGUGAAUGAAAGCCUGCUGGGAACUAGUAUAUUAUUAAUAUAACUAUAUAUGUAGUUAUGUAUGAAGGAGAUUUAUUUUUGACGUUUCCCUAGCUGUCACUUAUCACCUUUUGGAUGAUGAAUUAUUAGUGUAUAUGUAGUUAUGUUGGUUGGGAUCCAUGCCCUCUGUUUGGGUUGGCUCGGUCGCACCACUUGCAGAGAUGCCCUUCUUCCCCUUGGCCUUUCUCUUGGAAACUUUUUGGCCUCCUAUUUGAUUUUGUGUGCGAAAACUCUUCUCCAUAGUAUUGUUUUAGUCGAAGGAAUCGCCCCCGUUCUUGGUGUAGUUGUUGUCAGCAUUGACUUUGGUCCUCUUCAGGCUUCAUGGAGAGAGUGCAUGUUCAAUUAGGGAGAAGUAUAGCCAGCAUAAGUACAAAAUUGUGGCUAAGAAAAGCUGCCCUCCAUCAAUACCAAUAUAGUACUACUAAGGCUACCUUUGGACUAUUUUUUGAAAUAUUUAUAAACUGUGGACACCUUUUUGAAUA